AUGCCAAUACAUUCCGAUUUGCCACUCAAUAUUCACAAACAAUUCUUGACCAAAACUGAAAUGCCAGAUGGACAGACACCUGCGAAAAUUUUCGACAGAAUAUUGCAAAGCAAAGAUGGUAUCGAGUUGACUUUUUUAUGCACCCCCUUUCAACCAUUUAUUUCAUUCGAUAUGGCACUUAAUUUCUUGGUUACAUUGCUGAUCCCUUUAAGUGAGACCACAACGGUCAUUAACUUACUAAAUCUUGAUAAAAUGACAAGAAAAUGCCAAAGAACCACCACAACUAUGCAAGUUAUCGCAUCAAAUAUUAAUUUUGAGGUCGUCACCUUGAGGAAAAUAAAUGCUAAAUUAUUCCGAUCAGAUCAUUGGAUCGAAUUUGACAGCACCAUUUUAGGUAUUGAGUGUUUGUUUUGCAUUCCAAUAAUUAUUUUUUUGAAGACAGAUUCAAGUUAUUUAAAACAAAAUGUGAAACAGAAGUCCGAAUUUGGUUUUUUACCUUUUAUUUGUACAUAA